GUUUAUGCGGUUAUGUGUAUAUAUAUUUGGCUGUGAUUAAUAAAUAUUCUACAAUGGAUAAUAAUUCAGUGCCGACUGUAGUGUUUCAUCCUAUUAUUUCUUCGAUACAGAAGAUUGCACUUUACGAAACGAAAUCUAGAUUUUAUUUGAUGGGAUCAAAUAAUGCCUUGACUCGUUUUCGGGUAUUAAAAAUCGAUCGUACAGAACCAAAAGAAUUAAUUGUUGUGGAUGAUAAAAGGGAAUACACCAAGGAUGAGAUAAAAGAUCUAGUGUAUAUGAUAGACAUGGGUAAUCUUACACGUGCUGGGCAGCGAAGUAACAUGGGUGGAGUUUCAAGAGUUAUUUCAGCUUUUGGUAUUGUUGGCAACAAUUACAAUGAAUCUACACCAGACAACAGUAUAUCACAAGAGUCUGAGCACCAAGAAUUUCAAAAGCCGAUGUACAAACCAACUCAAACUAAAUUCACCUGGAAAACAAUGUGGCAAAGGGACAGUUUUCCUCGACCAGUGUCAGCUUUCGGUCUUCUUGGUUUUGUACGUUUUUUGGAGGGAUACUAUAUUAUCCUGGUCACAAAACGAUGUAGGGUGGCUGUUGUUGGGCAUCAUACGAUAUACAAAGUUUUAGAUACUUCGAUGAUUUAUAUCCCAAACGACACUGUACGCGUCUUUCAUCCCGACGAACAGAGAUACGUAAAAAUGUUUCAAAGUAUUGAUCUUAGCAGUAAUUUCUACUUUAGUUAUUCAUACGACUUGACACACACUCUACAAAAUAAUAUGACUCCGCCGAAACAUAUUCGAUCAAACAUACCUAAUACUUCCGACGAAGCCUCGAAAAGAGCGGGAAACGAUGAUACCGAGGACACAGACUUUUUUAAUAUGUGGGCAUUUAGAAAAAACCAGCAGAGUAAUAGCGGUACAGAAAAAUAUAUCGACUAUGGUGUACGGAGUAAUCCAAACCGUCGAUUUGUAUGGAAUUCUCAUCUUUUAAAGCCAGCUGAGAAGGAUUUACAUCGAGAUUGGAUAUUAUAUAUUACACACGGGUUUAUUGGUCAAUCGAAUGUCAGUAUUUUCGGAAGGUCUAUGUACGUAACUAUUAUAGCCAGAAGAAGUAAUAAAUAUGCGGGUACUAGAUUUUUAAAACGCGGGGCAAACUUCGAUGGUGACGUUGCCAACGAGGUUGAAACGGAACAAAUUGUUCACGAUUCGGGAGUAAGCUCUUUAAACAAGGGUCGUUUUAGUUCUUUUGUUCAAAUGCGCGGAUCAGUUCCUGGUCAUUGGAGCCAAUAUGUUAGUAAAAUGGUUCCUAAACCCACUAUUGCUUGCGAUUUGGCAGAUCCAUAUGUGGAAACAGCAGGUGCACAUUUCAAUCAACUUCUAAAGAGGUAUGGUUCGCCGAUUAUAAUUCUUAAUCUUGUAAAAAAACGGGAGAAAAAGAAACAUGAAAGCACACUGAGCGAAGAACUAUGUAUGGCUGUUAAAUAUUUAAAUCAAUUUUUACCUCCAGAGCAUCAUAUUCAAUACAAAAUUUUCGAUAUGGCUCGAAUGAACAAAAGGAAAAAUGUUAAUGUUAUGGCACGUUUAGCAAAUAUAGCAAAUAACGCGGUAUUAAAAACGGGUAUUUUUCAAUCGCAAAACCCGUAUUACAGUCAAAGAAAUUUAUUUUCUUCUCAAUCUAAUAACGCGAAGAAACUUCACAAAACGAACUCGAACACAGUUUUAUCACAAAGUUCCUAUAAUGUUCAAAGUUCUGUAAAUUUGGCAGCUGAGAAUAGCAAUAAUUUAUCUGUAAAUUACAACGCAAAUUCUAAGUUUACGGUAGAAAAUAAUUUUCACGAAUCAAGUCACAUAGAAGAUACAGUGAAACAGUGUUUUAGCACAAGAGGCACAUUACAAACUGGAAUUAUUAGAACAAAUUGCGUAGAUUGCUUAGAUCGAACAAAUACAGCACAAUUUGCAAUAGGGAAAUGUGCUUUAGGAUUUCAAUUAUGUGCUUUGGGCGUUUUAGAAUCCCCUAAAUUAGAAUUUGACUCUGACUGUGUAAGAAUGUUGGAAGAGUUAUACGAGGAUCAUGGUGAUACAUUAGCAUUACAAUAUGGUGGUUCUCAAUUAGUUCACAGAAUAAAAACCUAUAGGAAGACUGCACCUUGGACUAGUCAGGGUAAUGACAUUAUGCAGACACUCAGUAGAUAUUAUAGUAACACUUUCAAUGAUCAAGAGAAACAACAUACUAUUAAUUUAUUCUUGGGUUUAUUCAUUCCCGAAGAAGGAAAGCCUCCGAUUUGGGAACUUGUAACAGAUUACUACCUUCAUCAUAAACCAGCUUGUCAAUAUUCUCACAGAACAAAGCUUUUGACACAAUGGUGGGAUACUAACGUAUUAAAAUGUCUUCCAUAUGCUUUAAACGAAGUGACAAAAGCUUGUGCCGAAAUAAUACAGGUACAAAAUUCGACCGAAGAAAUGAUCGAUGUCUAUUACGAUUAUCACAGGCCGUACGAGUUGUCUCUACUGUCUGAAAUUUAUGCGUAUAAAAUUAGUCAUUCGGUCAGAGAUUUUAUGCCGAAUUGUACGACGAGCUUUAGUCCAUUCGCUGUACGCGUUCGGCCCGGUAAAAGAAGAGAAGGAUCGGGUAAUAAAAAUUUAAGUAUGAAAAAUCCUUCUAUGACUGGACAAAGUAGUACCAGUAGUACGACUUCAAGUGCAAGUUCUAGCGAAGAUGUGAGUACAGACGACGAUGAAAGCCAUCAACAUACCAAUGAGUCUCAGCUAAUAACUUCGAAAGAAAGCUUGGAAUUCACGUCUUUCGAGUCAUUAUUUCCGUCCAUGAAAGAAGUGUAUGGAACUCAACCCGAAUAUCCUAAACGAAACGAUGUAGUACUGUAUAAAAAGUUUGUAUUAAUUGGACGCAAUGCAACGUAUUUAGAUUAUACGAAAUUUCGGUCGAAAUUAAUUCAGCAGACAUCGUUUCCCGAAACUACAAUUCCUAUGGUAACAUUACCGGUAGUAACAGAACACAGUAUAAAUAUAUAUGAACAAUAUGUUAAAAGAGCUAAUAUUGGUGGAUCAGUGCCAAAUCAAGACAAUAUUAAUCUAUAUGAACAUUAUACGAAGCAGCAUCAACAAUUACUUACGAAGUCUAGCCGUUUGCGUUGAUUCUAUAAAAUUGGUACAUAUAUUAUUUUGUAAUUUAAAUUAAUAUUAAUUGUACAAUGAAGUUUGUUAAUAUAUAUAUAUAUAAUUUAUACUGUAAAACAUAUAAAAUGCAUACACAGUUACUUUUUCAUGUA